CACGCCACUAAAGCCUUUGACGUCUCGUUGAUCGGGGGCUUCUAUUUAUCAGCGUGUCUGGAGGCGAGGGGGUUGUCAGCUCAGCGUUUGCCGGCGCCAGAGAGAGCGAGAGAGCGAGGAAGGAGGGAGGAACGGGCGCCGGGACUCGCUGUGUUGUGUGUGUGUGUGUUUCAGUCUACAAACUCUGCGCGUUGCUGACCGCCCGCCCGCCCGCCCGCCGGCCCAGCAGCCGCUUCUCUGCCUCUGUGAGCGGACACAGUCUACUGGGAGAUAUGGUUUGUGACUGAGGGAGAGAGGGAGACACAGACACUGACACAGAGAGAGAGAGAGAGGUUUGAGACGGACGAGGGAAAGGAGUGACCGUGUCGAGAAGAACUCCCGAAGAAUCAACUCGGUGGGAAGCGUCGACCAAACCCCACAUCCAGCAGCGGUCGGUGGGGACAGAGUUGGCGGCUCCUCCCGGUGUGAACACAGCGCACACAAGAGGGCAGACGGACAUCCACGCUCGCAGGGCAAGGCAAGGCAAGGCAAGGCAAUGCGGCUGGCCAGAGACUCAGCCCGCUUGCCUUUCCUCUUGUCCCUCGCCGCUCUGCUGGCGUCGCUGAGAGCGGUCCCGACCGGCAAACACGGCGGCAGCGGACAUAGAGAUGGAGAGGGUGCGACGCGGGAUGCCGGGCCACAGGUGAAGAGCCAUUCGGUUUCACGGCUGCUGCAGGGAGCGGAGGUGGAGGUGGAGGAUAAUAAGCUGGGAAGCUGGAAGGCCGAUGGCCAUCCCCGCCACAAGCAUCGGUGGUCGCCCCAGGGACCCGCCGACCUCCCGGCACAACCAAAGUUCGGCUCUGGCCUGGAGGAAGUCAACCCCUUUGUCCUGGACCUGAAGAACUUCCCCGACCUCACCAACGCCGACAUCAAUGCACAGAAUCCCAACAUUCAGGUGACCAUCGAGGUGGUGGACGAUCCCCAGGCUGAGAUCGAGAUGGACCUGUUGAAGGGGAACCUCAACGACUGGUCCCUCUCCUCUGCAGAAUGGUUGUCCCACAAGGACAUCUUCUGGCCCUUGUUCUGGGAGUAUCCCGACUCCACUGAGGUGGGAAGCCUGGACUCUGCAAACGGGAUGGACGGCGAUGAGGAGGAGGACUACGCAGUGGAGUACGAGGGAGAAGACACCUACCUCAGCACCUUGGAUGGAGUUUGGGACAGGGACUGGCCUUUGCAGAAGGGCUGGUCCUCCAAGGAAAAGUUUAAUUACGACCACAAGGACGAGGAAGACUGGAGCACGUGGUCGCCCUGCACGGUGACCUGCAGCACGGGCAACCAGAAACGCACCAGGUCUUGCGGUUACGCCUGCACCGCCACCGAGUCGCGGACCUGCGACCUCAACCGAUGCCCGGGGAUGGAAGAUGAUCUGAAUACAGCCACAGAAAAGACCCUGGAUGAGAGAGAGAAUGGAACAGAAUUGUUUGAUGCGGAAGUGGACAGCUGUGAGAAAUGGCUGAACUGCAAGAGCGAUUUCCUGAAGAAGUACCUCAGCAAGGCCCUGAUGGACCUGCCCAGCUGCCCCUGCACCUACCCCGCAGAGGCGGUCUACAGCGUUGUCAGCCUCCGCGAAGACGGCAAGGGCAGGUUCUUCCGCUGGCGCGACGCCAGCGGGCCCAAGGAGCGCCUGGACAUCUACAAGCCCACCUCCAAGUUCUGCAUCCGCUCCAUGCUGUCCUUCGACAGCGCCACCCUGGCCGCCCAGCACUGUUGCUACGACGACCAGAUGAGGCUGAUCACCCGGGGCAAGGGUGCCGGGGCUCCCAACCUCAUCAGCACCGAGUUCUCGCCCGAGCUGCACUACAAGGUGGACGUCUUGCCCUGGAUCCUGUGCAAAGGGGACUGGAGCCGCUACAACGCCGUGCGCCCGCCCAACAAUGGCAUGAACUGCUCGGAAAGCCCCUUGGAAGCCGACUUCAUGGCCCAGCUCAAGGAAGCGAAAGAAUACUGAGAAAGGGUGUAC